GCAGUCUUCCUCUCCGUCCGUCUCUGUGACGGCGCCAUUUUGCCCCUCUCCUCCCCAGGAUCCGGCGAUAGAUCGGGGGGGUCACUGCAGCACCCCCGUACCCCGCUGGGCCGCUCGGGGAGCCUCUGGGGCCGUUUUCUUCCUCUUGGGGCUCGGUGCAUUCUGUUCUGGGAACUCUUGACUAGAAGCACGUUACAUUUUUUUUAUUACCCCCCCGACCUUCCCUAUUGCCCCCCUGUGGGGGGGGGGGGACGUCGACACAGAAGAAUUUUGUUGGGUAGUAAGGCCUCCGAGUGCAGGAGGGGCCCCUGGCUGGACUGCUGGACCCUCACACUUUCCUCCGCGAGCUGCAUCCUGUGUACGCCUCAUUGGAGUUGCCUGGAGGCAGUGUGGCCAACGUCGGCUCCCCCACUGGGGAAAUAUCCCCCUCCCCUGCCCUAUUCCUUGUGCUGAAUGGCUGCGAUGGCACCUGCUCUCACUGACCCUGCCCCUGACGCCCACAACCUGCACUUCAAGCUGGCGCCCCCAUCUUCCUCCCUCCCCCUUGGUGAGACCAACGGCGGCUGUCUAUCCCCACCGGCCCCGCCAGACCUGGUAACAAAUUAUAGUGGAACACCUGGAAAAUUAGCUGGGGUUUUCACUCCACGGUCUAUCUUGUCUCAGUCACUGUGUCGGGGGCGUUCCUCCAUUUUGGAGCUCAACCUGGAGGAGUUGAGAGGAAUUGCCAAUUCUGGAAGAGGGGCCCAAGGAGGACCUUUAAACGGACUGGCUAAAAGACCUGCAAAGCCAGCUGUGGACAAGCCCCCAAGCCUUUCCAUUCCUGCAUUGGAACCUUGGGUCAAAGCCCCAGUUGUUCCUCCAGGAUCUCCUGUUGAGGUACAUGAACAGAAAGGGUCUCGUGUUGAGCAUAGUUCUGAUACACGCUUGAAAGCCUUGUUACGACGACAUGGGGAGAUGGAAAAGCGGGCACGGUCAAUUCAAAAGAGGCUGCAGCUAGUCCAAGCAAAACAGGUUGAACGUCAUCUCCAUCAACAGCUAGGCGGUCUGGUGGGGGCAGCCUUUGGUCGGGGCCCAGACACUCCUCGCAAUCGUUUGACUGUAGUGACCCGUAAAGCUGAUGCCCAGCGUAGAGGAGAAGUGGGAAGUGCCAGUGUGGAUGCAUUUUUGAAAGGAACAGCUGGUGAACUAGAGAGGCUGAGCUGCUCGGGAUCUUCAACUCUACGGGCAUGUGAGCGAGGAUUUGACUCUGAUGCCACAGAAAGUAGUUCAGGAGGGGACUCUGAUGUGGAGGAGGAUGAACCAAGACAAGCGGACACCCGGCAGAGCCACAUCCCUCUGAAGAGACGAUGCGAGUGGGUUUGGGCUCAGGAACGAGCCGAUGUGGUGAGUCGGUGGAACUGGCUGCAGGCUCACGUGUCUGACCUGGAGUACCGGAUCCGGCAGCACACUGACUUCUACAGACAGCUGCGAGCAGGGAAGGGCCAGGUUGUCUUGGGAGAUGCCAGUCCAGCAGAAAGUAACCCAGGGAAUGCUCUACAAACUUCUCCUACAGAUGCAAGAACAGCCGCCUGUGCAUCCACUUCACCAGACCCUGAAAAAAAGGCUGACUUAGGAGCUGCAGAGGCUAAAAUCUUACCGAAACCCAUUAAUGGAGUCGUUACAACGCUCCCGUCACGCUCUGAGCUGGAGGAGCAGACAACGGGUAAGCCCACAGCGGCCUCUGUGGACAACAGCUGUGUAUGUGCAAGAACCAGACCAAUCCUCCACUGUAAGAGAAGGAGGGUGGUGAGACCAGACAGGCUUCUACCCCUCCAAAGGAAGGUUCAACGCAGUGUUCCCCGGCCCUGUGAGAUCUCCUCAUCGUGUGUAAUGUGUGCCACUUACCCAGGGGUGUCAAGCCAAUUUCCAUACAGUGAUCCACUGUCUGAACGCCUGACCCUUCUGGAUCCAGCUGUGCAUCCUGUACUCUCCUUUCCAGCUGAUGUCCCAGUUGGUCUACAACUUCACUCUCUUCUUCGCUCCCACAACAAAAUGGACAGGCUAAAAUCCAGCAAAAAGUUAAAACAGCGUCCCCAAAAUCAAGUCCUUACCACCCCCGAUGGUCCUCGUACAGACAGAACACCUGGGAUUUUCCAUCCUCACAGACUAACUGUCCAUAGGCCUUCUUCAGAGAACCUCUUGAAACAGCACUUGGAAUCCUUACCACGCACCUUAAAGUGUGAGCGAAUGUCCAUCCCCAUUACCCACAACAAGAAGAGGCAUUAUAGUCCCUUGGAAAGAGAUGCAGCAAGACAUGAGUUGGAGAGCGGUAGGUCCAGUCCUGCUGCCGAAAGCUUUUCCAGCCUGUCUCACACACCUUUAUCUCGGCAACAGUCAACUUCAUCUGAAGGGACUUCGGCAUCGCUCAGUGCUGCUGCUGCGGCUGCCAGGAGGCGACGGAUGGAGACUUCCUACGACAUUGACAACAUUGUCAUACCCAUGUCUGUGGCAGCCACCACCAGAGUAGAAAGACUUCAAUACAAAGAGAUCCUCACUCCCAGCUGGCGUGUCGUGAAGAUCACCCCACUGAUGAAUGCAGAUGAAGAUUUAGAAGGGCUGGAAGAUCUCUCAGACGCUGCGUAUACGGCAUUGCAUGCAACGUGUGAGGAGACGGAGAGAGCACGAUGGGCCAGCAGCAGUAUCCUGCCACAGCGUCGAGGAAGCAGGACUCAUAGAACAUCUGAAAGCUCCAUGACCCUUCAAUAUUCACAGCCUCUCACACCACAGCCACCCUCCCCUGACACAAGUAGCUGGCAGGCCUUGCAAGACUUUUCUCCACUCAGCCCCGAUGUCCUAUCAGCCCCUCCUACACCGACUUCAAGAGACACCCCGCGUCUUAUGUCCGAGGAGACACAGAGUUCAGUGUCAGACUCAGGGUUCGAGGAGACGAUCGUACAGCCGUGGGAGAGACGACAUUUCCCCCUUCCUUAUCAACCCAAACAGGAUCUUGUGGGAACCAGUGAGCCAACAGACUGGGGAGGGCCUCGUCCUCCACGUAGAUCUUCCUGCAGCUCCAAAACUGCCAAAGAUACAGAGGGACACCCAUCCUCGCCGCCCUGCCCUUCGCCCAGACCCCGACCCCUCCACAGAUAAAGAGGAGGCGGGGUUGUGACGAAAGCGUUAAAUGGGGGGUGGGGGAGGGAAAGAAAAAUUAUAUAUAUAUAUAUGAACCCGACAAGACAAUUUGGUUUAAAGAGGAAUCCGUUUGAUAUUCAAACUUUAUCCCAGGAGCAGAACGCCAAUUUCACAGUUUUUAGUGAAUUUAAGAACUUUAGAUACCUGUUCAUUCUUGUCUCCCAUUGUGUUUUCUUUACUCUUCUUCCUUUUUCUCAGUUUCUUUUAAUCAAGAGACGUUCUAAGUGUGACACUGUGUAUGUAACCCGCUGCUGUAACUCUCUGUGCACAAGGCAAGUAACAGAGGUGUAGUCACUAGAGUCUAUCACACUUAUCUCCCAUUGUCUGGGUAAAGUAAGCUUUUUAAAUGGUGUGUUCCUGCUGGUUGGCUGGAGAGAUCAGAGUUAAAGGGGGUAGAUGCAUGUUAAAUGUAAAGGGGUUGUGUCACUAAAUGUGGCCAUACACAUUAGAUAGAAGUUACGUCAUCUGGUGAAAGAUCUGUUCGCACAUGUGGCCAUACACAUUUGAGUCCGAAUUGGCUCUUACUGUUCAAAUUGCCCAUACAUGUUCAGUGAUUCUUAGCAAAGAACGAAAGAUCUUUCUGAGAAGAAAAUUAUUUUGUUCACAAACAAUCAUUUAUAUGACAAAAGAUUUUUCGCCCUGUUAGAUGAAAAUAUUAACAGAAACAUGUGACCAUCAAAAUGCAGUGCAGUCUGCAAGCAGCAUGUGAGGCUUCGUUCACAUCACCGUUCAGCCUUUCUGUUC